UUUCAUGGGGCCGCCGACCUCGCGGCCAGUCAACAUGUUGGCAUUAGUCAGUGGCAGCGGUGGUGGUGGCGGCGGCGGCGGUGGCGGCAGCGGGCCGGGCAGCAGCGGAUUCGGCGGCGGCGGCGGGUUCGCGGGUGGCGGCGGCGGCGGCGGCGGCGGGGGCGGCGAGGUGGUGGUGGGUCCACACCAUAGGCUGGCGGAGCACAAGCGGCGCGCAGCAGAGGUCGCGGAGGGGGCGGGGCCGGGCUUCAGUGGCUCACAGGGUUUGGAUCUGGAUUCUACACAGGGAGGAGGUGGCGGCGGCGGGCACCCGGGCCGCACCGCCAGCGGCCUCACACGGCUGGUGCUGCACCCGGUGCAGCUACAGCCGGCCGCAGCAAGCAGCGCGGCUGCUACAGCGGCGGGCGGCGACGGCGGCAGCGGCGGCGCGGCCGCCAGGGACGCGGCGGCCAAGCCCGGACAGGGCGGCACGGCCGGCACCGCAGGCAGCGGCAACGGCGAUGCAACUGCCGCUUCCACGGCGCCGCAUGCUGCUACAGCCUCUGGGGUCGGGGCCGGGUCCGGGGCUGGGGAUGGUGCUGCUACAGCCGGUGGCGGCGGCGCCAAGGCAGACCCGCGCGCCUUCAUGGCCCAGCUCAAGUCCGACCUCAGCGCUGCAGCCUUCAAGUCCUUCCAACGCCUCAUGUCCGAAUACAAGGCCUCCAAGAACCUGACGGCCUUCGUGGACGGUGCUGUGGCGCUGCUGCGGCCGCCCGCCACCGCGCACCUGCUUCGCGGCGUGGCGGCCUUCAUGCCGCGCGACCAGCGCGACUGGUUCGGCCGCGUCACAGAGGUGCACGUGCGCGCCGCGGCGGCGGAAGGCGGCGGCGGCGGCGCUGGUGGAGGCAGCGGAGGUAGUGGAGGCAGCGAGGUAGCGGCGGCGAACGGGAGAGCCGCCGCGUCGGGCGGGGGGCCGGCGGCCCCGCAGGGCAAGGCGGCGGGGGCUGCGGGAGCGGCGGCGGCGCCUGCGGCGCCGGCGGCGGGAAGGGCGCUCGGCAAGCGGCCGGCGCCGUCCGAGGUUGCAGCCGCGGCGUGUGCCGCAGUCAGCCAAGCCAAGCACGGGGCGCCUGCGCCGCAGCAGGCGAAAGCCUCGUCGGGCGCCGCCGCUGCCGCGGGUGCGGGCGCCAGCAACCCUGGCCUCAACACGCUCCAGAUGCGGGCGGCGGCAGGCGCCGCACUGAACGCAGCGCUCGCUACCGCGCCGGGCGCUGGCGGCGGCGGCGGCGGCGGCGGCGGCGGCGGCGGCAGCGCGGCGGCGGCGCAGCUGCGCGCGGCGCUCGCGGCGCCGCGUCCGAACUCGGGACGGGGCGGCAGCGGAGCUGCAGGGCCGUCCACGUCCACAGCAAGCGGUGGCGGCGGCGGCGGAGCCGCCGGCCCUUCCUCAGGCGGCGGCGGCGGCGGCAACGGCGCGAAGCCGGUGCCCGCACACGCGGCCCGGCAUCAACAAAUACGGAGCGCGCUGCAGCAGCAACCGCCGGGCCGCGGCGCGGCGGCGACGCCUGCGCUGCCGGCGGGCCACAUCAGCGCCUACGGCAGCGCUCCCGUCACCGGCGCCGCGGGUGCCGGCGGCGGCGGGGGUCAGCCGCCACCAGCCAAGCGCCCCAACCUUGGCCCCUCGCCCGCCUAUUCCGCGCCCGGGCCUUCGGGCCCCGCGCUUGCCGGGGCUGCCGGCGGCGGCGGGGGCGGCGGCGGGGGCGGGGUGCUGUCGGCGGCGGCGGCGGCGACGCCGUGCAGCCUGUGCGGGCAGCGGCCCGUGAAGAACGCGCACGAGGGGCCGUGCGGCCACGUGGCGUGCUACAACUGCUGGCUGGUGCAGCUGGCGGUUCACUUCAAGUGCAAGACGUGCGGUCGGGGCAUGCGGCAGAAAAACCUCAGCAAGAAGUACUUCAUGUGAGGGGCUCGGCGCGGUGCGGCUCGGCUGCUAUCGAUGAUGCUUUAGGGAUGAAGACGAUGCGACGUGAGGGGCCCCCGCGCAUGCGGCGCCGUCUGCUGGCGUAGGGGCGGGCGUGGCGUUGGUGUUGACUGUGUCCGAUGUGGCCGGUUUGGAGGAGGCCGGGGAGGCGGGUGCUGUGGGAAGGGCUGGGUGAGCAGUGGGGCACCGGAUCAGGCAGGUUGUGGAGUGGUCGGCUGGCUGAUGGAAGUGACGGGAGUGAGAAGUAGGCGAGUGUAUGCGAGCGCAUCGGGGGGCGGGUGAUGAGUUGACGGGGGCUAACGGGGGGCACUGUCAGGACGGUGGCAUUCUCUGUGGGUUGGUGUGUGGGGUGCGGCAGGGUUACAGCAGGAGGAGGGCACGCGGCUGUGCGGUUGCGCGCACGGUUGCCAGAAUUUAGGCAGGCUGCUGGCGGGUGACGGUGUGGCUUUGAAGCGCAGGUGCUCGUGCACAUAGCGUAGUGGGCUAGUGGCGCACAUUCGUUAUUCAUGUAGCGUAAGCGUACGCGUGCGAUUAAGCUGGUGGGCACGUCCGGGCGCAGUGCUCUUGAAGAGAUGGUUGUCGAGUUGGUUGGUUGGUGGGCACGUGUGCUCCCUUGGAUCAGCGCCCAAGCGCGUUAAACACCUAAUUGCUUCAGAAUUGUGUACAAGGAAGCGCAUCGCUCGCGGGGGGCCGCGAAAGUGCCCGCGCGAAACACAGAUCGGCAGGAUUGCUUCUCGCCCUGGUCCAUUCCCACGCAGACGGUGUCCAAGCAAUACUCCAAUAAAGUGGGAUGUAUAUGAUAAUGUGCCACGUGUAAUGCAGGUCACAG